AUGGCCAGUUGUUUACAUUGGUUGCCAGGUGAACGAUUUUCAAGGUCACACCACUGUGAUGUCAUCAGUCUUUCACCAGAGCUGGCCAGCUUUGUCUUUAACAACUCAUCCCCUCUCAUACUUGCCCCUCCAAUUUUAUUCAGUACUGCUUUGGCUACUGUUAGAGCUUCAAUCACGGAGAUUCACGUAGCUGCUGCUGCUGCAACCUUCCGAGUUUCCAAGCAUGGCCAGCAUGGCCAGCAUGGCCAGCAUAGCCUGCAUGCCCCGACUGAUGCUAGCACCUAUUCAAAAUCAGCUCCUUCCUCAGACAGCACCCUGAAAUCUUCCCAAGAAUUGCUGAAGGUGUGCAUCAUUGGUUCUGGAAACUGGGGAAGCACAAUUGCAAAAGUCAUUGGCAACAAUGUUAUGGAUUCCACAACAUUUGACAAAGAUGUGAACCUCUGGGUAUUUGAAGAGGAAGUUGAUGGAAAGAAUCUGUCAGAUAUCAUCAAUGAGGAACAUGAGAACACAAAAUACCUGCCAGGGCACAAGAUACCUCCCAAUGUGGUGGCCAUUCCAGAUUUGGUGACUGCAGUAUGUGAAGCUGAUAUCCUCGUAUUCAUCACACCUCAUGAAUAUAUCCAGAAAACCUGCACUGACAUGGAAGGUCAUUUGAAGCCUGGGGCAUUUGGAAUCUCCCUUGUCAAGGGAAUUCAUGAAAGUCCUGGGAAUUUGAGGCUGACCUCUGACAUCAUCCAGGAGAUUCUUGACAUUGAAAUGAGUGUGUUGAUGGGGGCUAACAUUGCUAAUGAGGUGGCUGAAGAAAAGUUCUGUGAAGCCACUAUCGGAUGUACAAACCCAAAACAUGGAAAGAUCUUUAAGGAAUUAUUUGAAACAAUCAACUUCCGAAUGACGAUAGUAGAAGACAAUGAAGCUGUGGAGCUCUGUGGAGCACUGAAAAAUAUUGUGGCACUUGGAGCUGGCUUCAUUGAUGGCUUGGGCCAUGGGGAUAAUACUAAGGCAGCAGUCAUCCGCCUUGGAUUCUUGGAAAUGAUUAAUUUUGCUAAGAUCUUCUGCAAGAAGCCUGCCCAGAUCACCACCUUCCUGGAAAGCUGUGGGAUUGCUGACCUCAUAACCACCUGUUAUGGAGGUCGAAGUAGGAAAGUAGCUGAAGCCUUUGCACAAACAGGAAAGCCCAUUGAAGAGUUAGAACAAGAAAUACUCAAUGGACAAAAACUUCAGGGGCCUGCAACUGUUAGAGAAGUCUACAAGAUCCUGAAAAAGAAAAACAUGGAUGAUAAGUUUCCAAUAUUUGUCUGCAUCUAUCAAAUAUGUUGUGAGGGAAAGCCACCGAAAGAUUUCAUCACUUGCCUGCAGAAUCAUCCACACCAUAAAUGAUUUGCUGAUUCAUGCAAAAGAACCAUCCUAAUCACUAAUAAAGGGAGAUAAGGCCUGACAA